GGUGUCAGCAGUUUAUUUAAGAGCAGCGCCUGUUGCAGCAACCCCAGCACCUCCACAUCAUCUCAGUGAGAAAUGGCUCCAAAAAAGCCCAAAAAGGUUCUAGCAAAUGUCUUGGAGAACCUGUCAGAGAGGAACUUUAAGAAGUUCUGCUCAGAACUUCUGGACCGGGAUAAACGUGUCAAGAGGAGCCAGGUGGAGAGAAAAGACUUCUUGGAAGUUGCAGAGGUGAUAAUUGAGAAAUACGCAGAUGAAGCUCUGAAGGUGGCCGAGGAACUCCUGCAAGAGAUCGACUGCGAACAGGCAGCACACGACCUGGCUGAAGAGGCUAAAGAGGCAGGUUUAUACUGGGCAGAUGAUUCCCCCACUGUCGCUACUGUGAAAGACUUUUGGAUGUCCAAAAAGGGGGAUCCAGAGGUUUAUCCUGUGACUGAGGAUAACUACAGGAACCGAGUAGCUCUGAUGAUCACUAACAUCAAGUUUUCUGAUGAGAAACUGAACAGAGAUGGAGCAGAGAAAGACGAGGAGAACAUGGAGAAACUUCUCAACAGUCUGGGAUAUGAGGUGGUAAAACACCGAAACCUCACUGGAAAGGGGAUUGAUGAUGCGUUAAAAAGCUUCGCUAAACUUGACAAACUGAAGCGGACCGACAGCGUGUUUGUGGUUAUUAUGUCUCAUGGCAAACUGGGGAAAAUUUUUGGGAUUGACUACAAAGAAGACAACCAAGAUGAUUUUUCAGUCGACAAAAUUUUCAAACGCUUGGACUCCCACGGCUGUCAGGCACUAAUAAACAAACCAAAGGUCGUCAUCUUACAGGCCUGCAGAGGAGGAAGAAGUGGAGUCACAAGUUGGGUCCAUGACGGGGGAAGCACCGGGCCGCCUGCUCCACCACCUGAGGACCAGGAACCAAACCUGGAUCAGUCUGUGCACGUAGAAAAAGACUUUGUUUCUCUUCUCGCCAGCACUCCUGACAACAAGGCGUUCAGAGAGUCAAAAAAUGGAUCUAUCCUCAUCCAGAACAUCAUGGAGGUUUUCACUCCAGAAUCAUAUCAGAAACACAUUAUCGAUCUUUUCACCAAGGUCCUGAAACUUGUUUCAAAAUGUGGUGACGACAAAAAGAAACAGAUGCCAGUUAUUGACAGAAUGACGCUGAACAAGCAGUUUUUCCUCUAUCCUGGCCUCCUGGACAGCAGCCACUAAAAUGACAUGUUUUAGUGUGAGAGGAAGCAGCACGUCUUGCUCUGUCAGAUUCUGUAAGUUAAUGUGACAAGUUUCCCAGAGGCCUUUUGAGACGAGAGAUUCUGAAUGUAAACUUCAUAAAGAUAUCAAACACUGACAAAAAAUGAAGACAUGGUCAGCUGAAUGUUAACAACUUAAACUACAAAGUUUCAAAGUUUUCCAAAACCUGCUGAUCUGUUAACUAAUUCUGUUCAUUUACGUUACUUUACAUUAACUCCACCUCCAGCACCGACUGUCACCAGGCAGGUGAGCAGAGAAAUUAACCAGCUGCAAAUAUUCAUUUCUAAAGGUUUUCAGCUCUUUUUCAAGGCUGAGUUUCUGCCUUGUCAGUCUUUGUCAUGGAGUCGUUUGUAAAAAUAAAAAAAAGAAGAGAAACAAAGAAUAUAAUUUGAUUAUAGUGAAACCACAAGCAUGAUUUUCAUUGAAAUAUAUACGCAAUUUUUAUGUGAAUUCACUUUGACAAGAAAUCUACAUCACACCAUCAUUGUGUUCAGAGGCUUCAGUGAAUGUUUGUAGACACUGAUCUGUAUUAAUGACAUUAAACAAAAGACCAGGGCAAAAGUAAUGAUAAAAAUAACUUUAUUCUCCAUCUAUGUACACAAGAGACAUUAUGAGUAAAACUUCAAUUUGACAAAUUUAAAUGGCACAUAGUUUUAAAUCAGUGGGUGUUGAAUUAUCAUGAUUUCUGGGGUUUUUUGGUUUGUUAUUCAUGGUUCAAAGUUUUGCAUUAUUAGUUUUUGGGUUUGUGUGAAUUAUUCUGCGGUUCCCCUUCCUGAACAGUUUCUGUUGUUUCUGCUAGUUUGUUUCAUUCUACAUUAAGUCUUUUCAUAUUAGGCAUUCACAAUAAAAGAAUUUAAAAGAAAA